CACCUAACAUAACAAUAAGUAAUAACCACAUUUGUGUUAAUUUUUUUGAGUUCGAACAAGAUCUCAUUCACAUUCACAUUCACAUCACACACCAAGAUCCUCUCUUUUUUUCUUUAGGUGUUUUAGCAUAGUGAAGAAGAAAAUGCUCAAUUUCAGCAGAAUUAUCAUCAUCUUAAUAAUCUUGGUGUUACAUUGCGAUGCACACAUAUUCACAUUCACGAUGCACCACCGUUACUCUGAACCAGUCAAGAAAUGGUCUCUAUCCGCUCCCUCUCCAUCCCAUCGUUGGCCCGAAAAAGGAACUGUCGAAUACUACGCCGAGUUAGCCGACCGCGACCGCUUCCUCCGCGGUCGCAGACUCUCCCAAUUCGACGCCGGUCUCGCUUUUUCCGACGGCAAUUCCACCUUCCGCAUCAGCUCCCUCGGAUUUUUGCAUUAUACAACAGUUGAACUAGGUACACCUGGAGUGAAGUUCAUGGUGGCACUUGAUACAGGAAGUGACCUGUUUUGGGUACCCUGUGAUUGCACAAGAUGUGCAGCUACUGAUAGUACUGCCUUUGCUUCUGCUUUGGCUUCAGAUUUUGACCUAAGUGUGUAUAAUCCUAAUGGAUCUUCAACAAGUAAAAAAGUCACUUGUAACAAUAGUCUCUGCACGCACCGUAACCAAUGCCUUGGGACAUUCAGCAACUGCCCUUACAUGGUCUCUUAUGUUUCCGCCGAAACCUCUACGUCUGGAAUACUUGUAGAGGAUGUUCUGCACUUAACUAAAGAAGAUGAUCACCAGGACCUUGUUGAGGCAAAUGUCAUAUUUGGCUGUGGACAAGUUCAGAGUGGAUCGUUCUUAGAUGUUGCUGCUCCCAACGGUUUGUUUGGACUUGGUAUGGAGAAAAUAUCAGUUCCUAGCAUGUUAUCACGGGAAGGAUUUACUGCAGAUUCGUUCUCCAUGUGUUUCGGACGAGAUGGCGUUGGAAGAAUAAGUUUUGGGGACAAAGGAAGUAUUGAUCAAGAUGAGACUCCAUUUAAUCUGAACCCAUCACACCCUACCUAUAACAUCACGGUCAAUCAAGUCCGUGUAGGAACAACUCUAAUCGAUGUGGAAUUCACUGCUCUUUUUGAUUCUGGAACUUCUUUUACAUAUUUGGUUGAUCCAACCUAUUCAAGGCUUUCUGAGAGUUUUCAUUCCCAAGUGGAAGAUAGGCGACGCCCAUUCGAUUCAAGGAUCCCUUUUGAAUAUUGUUAUGAUAUGAGUCCUGAUGCAAAUACUAGCGUGAUCCCUAGUAUGAGUUUAACUAUGGGAGGUGGAAGCCGUUUCCCUGUUUAUGAUCCAAUAAUUAUUAUCUCUACACAGAGUGAUCUUGUAUACUGUCUAGCAGUAGUCAAGAGUGCUGAGCUGAACAUAAUAGGGCAAAACUUCAUGACCGGUUACCGUGUUGUUUUUGACCGGGAAAAGCUCACAUUGGGAUGGAAGAAAUCUGAUUGUUAUGACAUUGAGGAUCAUAAUAAUGCUGUCUCAACAAGACGACACUCAGAUACCGUGCCUCCUGCAGUGGCCGUGGGACUUGGCCAUUACCCUGCCCCUGAUUCAAGUAAAAGGUCCAAAUACAAUUCUCAGCAGUCAAGUGCAUCACCCUCACCGCUUUAUAGCCACACUUCACUUCUGAGUUUCUUUGGAUCCCUAGUAUCUUGUAUUUGGGUUUGUUUACAUGUUCUAUGAUCAUUCAUUUGUAUGGGUCAUUGAUGGUUUACGGUAAAUUUAGCAUAUAUAAACUACAUGUUGAUCUUAGAGAACUUUUUCUUUUCCUGACUCUAUAGCCUAGUAGUGUAGAAUUUGUUUCAGAUUGUUUCUCUCAUAUAACAGUGUAAAUGCCAUAUGUAAGUUUUCCUUCCCACAUUAUAACACAUUUUAGCCUCACUGUCUCUAUUUACAUAUAUUGUUUAUGUGAUUUUUUUUAGUAUGAAGCAUAGAUUCACGAAUAACAGUGUAAAUGCUAUAUGUAAGUUUCAUUGAUUUUACCUGCCGGAUUAAUCGAGAGGAGCUAUUGAAUUCUGCUCAUACCACUGAAAAUGUCUGAUAGAAUGGAAGCAUAGGAAGUAAGGUUGACAGCCAAUCCAUGGUGACGAAGUUCGCCAAAUUGAUGAAACAACGUUCUCCUGAGUUUGUUCACUUUAAUCAGUGUCCAAAUACAAAAUGGCGAUGGAAGUAAGAGAAAAA